AUGUCAAAUUAUGCCAAAUUCAUAAAGGACAUCCUCUCCAAGAAGAGGAGGUUGGGGGAAUUUGAGACAACCGCUUUGACAAAAGAAUGUAUCGCAUUCUUGCAAUACAAAUUGUUGCCAAAAAUGAAGGAUACGGGGAGUUUUACCAUCCCAUGUUACAUUGGAGGCUCUUAUUGUGGAUUGCCUUUAUGCGAUUUGGGAGAGAGUAUAAACUUGACGUCCAUGUCUAUGUUUAAGCAAUUGGGUAUUGGUGAGGUUAGACCAACAACGGUUACACUACAACUGGCAGAUAGAUCGAUAGCAUAUCCUGAAGGGAAAAUUGAAUAUGUUCUACUUGGGAAGGCCUUUCUUGGCAACGGGAGAACAUUGAUAGAUGUCCAGAAAGGGGAACUCACCAUACGAGUACAAGAUGAUCAGGUAACCUUUAAUGUAUUCAAAUCCAUGAGGUUUCCUAAUACAAGUGAGGAAUAUCUUGCUAUGUCUGAGAUAAAGUCAUUGGUCUCUGCAGAAUGGGACCUCAAUUCAGUAAACGGUCCAUUGCAGCGUAUCUUAGCAUCUGACCCGCUAUGUGACAACAAGAGGAUGAAAGUCUGGCCUUAUUGGAAACUAAUUCCCAUUGGAGUUAGCAUUUCUAGUUUUGAUUGA